UUCACCGUCGCAGAGAUAAGGAUGGCCUUCGAAACGGAAAAUUCGCGUCUCAGAGUUUUUUAUGGCAUCCCUUAUGCUGCUCCUCCUGUAGGAUCUCUUAGAUUCGCACCUCCCAUUAUGCAUCAAGGAUGGAAUGGUACCUACCAAGCGUUCAAUACAAAACCGAGAUGCCCCCAGCUACCACCAAGAGAUAACCAGAAUGAAGAUUGUUUAUACUUAGAUAUGUGGAUGCCAGAGGUGAAUUCUUCUUAUCAAAGGCCUGUGGUUAUGUUUUUUGGAGGGGUUGAUUUUGCACGGGACAGUAAAUUAACUUUUAGCGGUCAAGACUUAGCUGCUAAGGGAAUGAUUGUUGUAAGGGUGUCCUACAGACUUAAUAUAUUCGGGUUUUUUUCGCUGGAGACUCAAGAAUUUAGGGGAAAUAUUGGACUUUUAGAUCAAUAUUAUGCUUUACUCUGGGUGAGGGAGAAUAUUGUUCACUUUGGAGGUGACAACAUGAAUAUAACUCUGUUUGGUCACUACUCUGGUGCUACUAGUAUUGCCUUCCAUAUGAUCUCCCCUCGUACAAAAGGGUUAUUCCAAAAAGCUGUACUCUUUUCUGGCAGUGCAGUUGCACCAUGGAUUGUAGAUAACAAUACUGUAAAAGUUUCAAGGCAGAUAGUACGAAUUUUGAAAUGUGAAUCAAAUAUUAUGAAGUGCUUGAGAUCAAAAAGUGUCGAGCAGCUUUUGCAAGCUCUGCAGUUGUACACUGAGUCAGUUAAUAGAACAGAUAUAUUGUUACCUAUAAGUGAUUCGUUCUUACCAGUGGAUGACAGAUAUUUACCACUUUCAGCUACUGAUAGUUUUCGAGAUGGUUUAUACUCGCAAAUACCUACUUUGAUUGGUGUAGCAUCAGUAGUGAAUUAUCCAGAAAUUGAUCAAUGGAUAAAUUUGCUUAGUCAGGGAUAUUUUUAUCUUCAGAGAUACGUAAGGAAUGUGAAAAUUCCAGAAAUAUUACAACUUUACGGAGUGAACGAAAAUAUGAGAGAGCUCAUUAUCAAUUUGAUUGAAUGGCAAUAUUCAUUAUUUAUGGAUCUAGACGGAAGAUUUUUAAUCAAUCAGUUGAAAAAACUCGAAUUUGAAGCUAAAAUCGAAGCACCAGUAUUUCAACAAAUUGUUUAUAUGGCUCAGAAUUCUGAAUCUCCAACUUAUGCUUACUCCAUACAAGAUGAUGAUUUUGUUCUGGAUAUCCAGGACAAAUCUAUCACAGUCGAUAUGGCUCUAUUUCUAGGACCAAAUAUUAUGAGACAAAUCACUAAAAAACGUUUCAGUACUAAAGAAUCAGCUUUGAGUGAGAUGAUCCAAGUAUAUAUAGCAAAUUUUGCGAAAUUUGGUCAUCCUACACCUACUGGAAAGAAACCUUGGAGAAAGUAUGUUCUCCAUGAUCCUUAUGUGAGAGAUAUUGAAAUCUCCCAAGUAGAUACAGGCAGAAUUCAACAAAAAAGGAUUUUAUUUUGGAAUGAUCUACUCGGAAAGUUUUAUUUGAGUAAAUACAAUAUCAAUCAGUCAAUUAUUUCAGUUGAAUUAAGCAAUACAGGACCUGCCACUGGAAUCAAAAAUGUUAUCUUGUGUGGUCUACUGGUAUUUCUCCUGCUAUUACUUGUUGUAUGCAUAAUUUUGUUGAGAAGAAAAUCAAGAAUGAUGAGGAGCCACUCUUCAUGGACAGUUGGUUAAUAAAAAUGAAGAGAAAAGA